UUUCUGUUUUAUUCACAAUAUUAAUGUUACUUAAAAGUUGAAGGCUGCGUUAAGUGUUGUUGAUAUAUAAAAAUUUUUCAAAAAAAGCCAAACGGUGAAGUGUAGGUGGCGUUAGGACCGUUGCUAAUAGCCAUGUUUAUUGACAGCUAGCGGUUGCUACCAGGCUACCAGGUUACCAGCUGUUAAAGGGUCGUGGCACGUCUCCAUUGUUUCCUUUGAAUCGUUUCAGGCUCAAACGGCGAGGAAGGAAAAUGGAAGAGAUAAAAACGGAGCCUGUGGAUUUUGUGAAGGAGUUUCAAGAAUACCUGACUCAGCAAACCCAGCACGUCAACAUGAUCUCGGGAUCUGUCUGUGGUGAAAAGGAGUCAGCGGAGCCCUUUCAAGCCAUUGCCCCAAGGUGUGAGCAAAACGGUCUGGAUCCCCCGUCCGUGGAGGUGAGCCUGUCAGUGGAGGAUGGGUCUGAGGUGCACAUGGACGGACUGGAGAGGACCUGCGAUGGAAAGUAUAAGUGCAGCUACUGCAGCUAUGCCAACAAGGGCAUGGCUCGCUUAAUAGAGCACAUCCGCAUCCACACAGGUGAAAAGCCACACCGCUGUCAGCUGUGCCCGUUUGCUUCAGCGUAUGAGCGCCACUUGGAGGCCCACAUGCGCUCCCACACGGGAGAGAAGCCCUAUAAGUGUGACCUCUGCGCCUUCCGAUGCAGCGACCGCAGCAACCUGUCGCACCACCGCCGCCGCCGCCACAAGCUCCUCCCCGCGAGGGUCGUCCGCUCUCCCUUCUCCAAUAAGAGAAUGUUGAGCGCUUUGCAGAAGAGGACGGGCUCGCUGGGCUUCAGCCGGCGGCUCCUCAUCAAUUUCAACCCUCCCCCCGUGGUCAUGCCAAAGUCGGAUUAUCUGAGCGACUUGUCUCACAAGAUCCACCAUUUGAAUAACGGCGAAUAUAAGAACCCGUCCAGAGUGGAUGAAAGUGAAAGUCAUAACAGGUGUGCAAGCGUUUUGGCUUUUAAAAACCCUCUGGACCAGCUGUCUACGCUUGCAGGCCAGUUGGCCAACCUCCACCCCGAGUCUCAGGCUCCUGCGUCCCCAGACAGGGAGUCCUUAAAGGACGAGAAGCCCAUCCUCAUACAGCACGUCUCUAGUGAACACGCUGCGAUGUGUUCUAACGGGGUGCAGACAUCUCCACCUUUAAAUGAAUCUUCCACCUCGGGCCACGAGUGCUGCAGCCCUGUUCCCGACUACGGUUUGGAGAACAACAUGAACACCCUCCCUGCGAGUGUUAGCAACAGCCAGCCGAGCACACCCACCCCUGCCGCAAACAUACCGGACCACCAGCAUUUACACAAGUGCCAACACUGUGACAUUCACUUUUCCGACAAUAUCCUCUACACAAUUCACAUGGGCUGCCAUGGCUAUGAACAUCCAUUCCAGUGCAACAUCUGUGGUCACAUGUGCAUGGACAAAUAUGAUUUUGCAUGCCAUUUUGCCCGUGGACAACAUAAAAAGUGAUUCCUUGCGGCGUAGAAGCUUUUGGUGUCUCGGCUCACUAACAACUUAACAUGGUCAGACUGUUUACUACCAAUGCAUACUUGAGUGCGGUGGCCUGUAGACGUUUUUAUAGCACCACAAUCACGCAAAAUGCAGUUAUGAAACGUUAGGCGUGUAGCGUAAUGAAGGAUGUGCUCACUGAGAACUCAUGGAUGGAACUUCAACAGGUUGUGACUGAGUUUAUAUAUCAUAUUUUUAUGUAUAGCUUUCUCUUUACACUCACCAACUGCACCGUGCUGUUGCCUUCCUGCUGCUCCCAACAUUGCUUUUCAACAUUUUGCAGCACCUCACUGGCAGUAUUAGCUAAUACCACUCCCCGACUCACUAUACUUCUUUGCUUAUACAGCUGAUUGUAUAUGGACUUCUUUAAAUUUGCAAUGUCGAAACACAUAUGUUGCAACCUGACUCGAGGGCUGCAAUAACACUUUUAGGAAGCCACGCCUACACAGACAGCCACAUAUGAGUCAGUUUAAAUAAAAUACCACGUCAGUAUUUUACACCAAUAUGUCAAUCUUAGCCUGCCAUGUAUUCAAGUCAGUUUGACCAACAUCUGUAUAUAUUAUAAACCAAAGUUUCCACCUUAGUUAAAUGAGCUGGACGCAUCUAACAACCGUGACGAAUGUAAAGUGGGAUGUUUAAUAGAGUCUGGGAGUCCUAUGGUCCAAACUCCAGCUGUUCUGGUAUUUAUUUAUGCCUUACAUCGUACGUUGCAAAAAAUUUAAAAGAAAGAAAAAAAAAAGUCAAGGCGCAUUUUAAUAUUUAUUUAUUUUUUUCUUAUUUUGUAUUACUAUCUUUGAAGCUUUUCUUUUUUUUUUUAAUUAUCUGUAUAUAAAUUAGUUUUGUUGUGCCUCCAUACCAAUUUGUAUCUAUUGUAGCCACUGACUCUGUAUGGUAGCUAUUGAAAGAAAAAUCAGUUGUAGCCCCUCACACUGUCACAUGUCAUGUGAAGUAAUGUUGGUAACUUUUUAUUUGUUUAAAAUAAAUGGCUUGUGUGUGUGAUUAUCUAACUAUUGACAGAAAAUGAAAAUUUGAGAUUAAUAAUCACCCCUUUCCUUUUAAAAUACCAUAUUUGCUGAAAUCACGUAGAUGUUUGAAAUGAUGUUGAUGUUUGAUAAUGAAACUUUUAUCCUUUACCCCUUUUUUUAUAUAUAUAUAUUUCGAGUUUUUGAUUACUGAAUAAAUGACUGAAAUGAUG